AUGGAAGGGAAAAUCUUGGUUAUUCUGGAAAAGCAUCAUUUUGGGAGUAUCAGAAGGAAGAAGGAAGAAAUUCUUGCGAAACUCCAAGUGAUCCAAGAGCAGUUAGAGGAUGACCCAAAUAAUAGAACCCUCGUUAAUCAUGAGAUUGCCCUUCAAAAGCUUCUUAACAACACUCUUGCUAGAGAAGAAGUUUAUUGGGCUCAAAAUGCUAGAGUUGAUUGGAUUAAACUUCGAGAUAAAAAUAAAAAUUUUUGUUACACCACUGCAACAAUUCGAAGAAACAAAAAUAAAAUCAGGAAAAUCAGAAAUGACAAUGAUAUACGGGUGCAUGACAUGGAAAAUAUCAAAGAAAUGUUUUGUAGUGGUUACAAGAAAAGGUUCAAUUCUGAGGGUACCUCAGAUGUUGAUGAUUUCAUCUCAAAAAUAGGAGGUUGUGCAACAGAAUCUAUGAAUACUAGCCUAUGUAAAGAAGUUACAAAUGAAGAAAUCCAUAAUACCCUUCUAUCAAUGAAGGAUAUGAAGGCCCCUGGUCCUGAUGGACUUAAUGUUUAUUUUUUCAAAAAGUUCUGGAAUAUUGUUCGGGAUUCUCUCUAUAAGACAGUUAAAGCCUUAUUAUGGGAAAAUGAAUGUUGA